GAUCUUCAACGAAUCAAAUGUUCUCCCUGCGAAUGCUUUUGCUGCAAUUUUUACUGCCAUUAUUGGCAGCAGCGUCCACCCUUGUAGUGGUUUUGGCCACACCCAAUAUAGGACGGCACAAACCAUAUCGUGGUAUUAUCUUUCCACAAGACUCCUACGAUGAUUGCUUUAUGGAUGAGGCACGUCAAAGGUCUGGUACUUGUAAGCUAAUGGAGCAUUGUGAACCGGCUAUUAGGCGCUGGGAAGAGAGUCACGAAGCACCCAAGACCUGUUACUUUAUUAAAUUCAAUCAUUAUGUGUGCUGUGACCUAGAGGGCAAUGCGACAAAAACAACAACUACAACGACGACAACAACAACUACAACACGAUCUCCAAUUAAACUGCCCUUGACUCUGAGUCGUAGUCUAUCGGCCUGCUAUGGCUAUUAUAAUAUAAAGAUAAGUGGUGAGGAGGAUGAGGAGGAUAAGCUAUUUGUGGCCACUGCCGUUGGCGGCAAGCCGACAGCAUUCCGUGAAUUUCCCUAUAUGUCGGCCCUCGGCUGGCGUUCCAAUUUCGAUGAGAGCAUCUAUUAUCGAUGCGGUGGAACAUUAAUAGCACCCAAUUUUGUUUUAACGGCAGCCCAUUGCAUUGAUUUUGGCGGGGAGGAGCCCGCUCAAGUGCGUUUAGGCGGCGACAAUCUAACCAUGAGUCAAGGUGAGGACUACAAGAUUAAGCGUGUGAUCACUCAUCCGGACUACGAUGCCUCUACGGGCUACAAUGAUAUUGCUCUCCUAGAGUUGGAUAUGACUAGCGUGGUAAAGCCACAUAAUUUGAAGCCGGCAUGCCUUUGGGGUAAGCCCGAUUUGCUUACAACGGAGCUCACUGCCAUUGGUUAUGGUCAGACACGAUUUGCGGGUCUUGCUUCCGCCCAGCUACUCAAGGUGUAUCUGCAAUUUGUCCACAACCAGCAGUGUCAGCUGUUUUAUCCGCCGGAUGUCUUGCAGAACGGUGUCAUCGAUAGUCAAAUAUGUGCGGGUGAUUCCACACGACAGCAGGAUACUUGCCAGGGUGACUCUGGCGGACCGUUGCUCAUGCGUGAAAACCAACUAAUGUAUGUGGUUGGCAUCACAUCGCUGGGCCAAGGAUGUGCCAGUGGGCCACCUUCGAUUUAUUCACGUGUCUCCAGCUAUCUGGACUGGAUCGAGGAUAUUGUUUGGCCCAUAACUCCAUUUGAUGUUAGAGUAGAUGUUUAAAAUCUAAUAUUAAGUUGCUUAACUUAAAGAAUAAUAUAUAAUAUGUAUUUAUUUGAAGGAAAUUAAAAAAAAAAAAUGA